CAGCGUGGCGUACGCAGCCGUGGUGGGGAUGGCGCCCGAGAGCCCGAGGUGGUUCGCGUCCAGGGAUAACUCGGCUGGGGUGCACAGAUCCCUCGCGGCGCUGCGUGCGCUGCCGGAGACGUCCGCCGAGGUCGAGGAGGAGGCCGAGAAGAUGAUGCACUCGGUUCGUUUGACGCCGCCGGUGCGCGAAGAUCAACGCUUCUCGGUGCUCAACUUCUUCACGCAGCGGCACCUGUCGCAGCCCCUGCUGGCCGGGUUCACCCUCAUGGCCGUGCAGCAGCUCGGCGGACUGUGUAGCCUGGCGAUGCACGGCCUCAACUACUCCAUGAGCAGAACCCACGGGUCGCCGGACGAGGUCGCCGCGGUGUUCACCACGUCGCAGGCUUUUGGAUGCGUCGCGUGCAUGUGGUUUCUCGGUGAAUCGGGCCCGGGGCGACGCAUCGCCCUGCUGGUGAGCCUCGCGGGCGCGACGGUGGCCAACCUCGUGAUCGCGAUCACCCUCAACCCGGUUGUCUUCGGUGCAAAUCCAGUGUUUGGCUCGGGCGCGGCUGAUGGUGCGGUUGUCGUUCAGUACGUGGCCGCGACUGCGUUUGCUUGGUUCCACGCCGCGGGUCUUGGAACCAUCCCUUGGCUCGUCGCCGUGGAGAGUUUUCCCCAGUACGCAAGGGGUACGGGAGUGGGUCUCGUCGCGGGGACCAGAUGGUACCUAGCGCUUUGCCUCAGGUCCGGAUUCCACUCGCUUGUUGCCCAGACCGGAGGUCUGGCCGUCUUCACUUUCUUCGGUGUGGUGACCGCGGCGGGUCUGAGCGUGUUGGCGCCGCGUGGACAGAAGCUGGCACCGCCCGAGGCUGACUGCAUGGAGCUAGAGGAGGUGCACGCGUGGGAGGAGGUGGACCUGGCGGCUGGAAAGUACGCUUACCUGCCAUGAGAGUAUCGUUCGUUAGUCGAUUGAAAGAAAACUAUUUG